GUUCGCAGAUGCUGCUCGCUGGUGCUGCCGUGCUGCCCCUCAUUGUUCCUGUUCUUCUUGUCUAGCCACCCGGGGUCAUGGCUUCGACGUCUAAGAGCUACGAGAAAGCCAGGGCUAGCGUUGAAAAGGCAACGGGCCACUUCGCAGAUAUCCAGACAAUCUCGGCCAAAGAUGUGCUGCGGCUAGAACAAGAAGGGAAAAAAGUGCUUCUGGUCGACGUUCGUACGGAGGACGAGAUGAAGGUUUCCAUGCUCCGAGGCGCUCUUACCAGGCAAGCCCCCCAGCCCUCUGCCACUACCUGCCUGCAAACACGGGGUUGUUUUGGACUGAACAAUCGUGGUAUUGUUGUUGCUAGUGUUCCUUCACAAACCAUACCGUCUUUACCUCUCUAUCCGCCCGUCCUCGUCCGCACCACAGAACUCGCCACCAAUUCAAGGACCUGUUGAGCUGGGCAACCGUCGCGGGUUAUUUCUCCAGAAACCUACAGAUAUUGUUAAGGAGGUGGAGCCCAAGAUAUUUGAAUGUACAAACAAUACCCUCAAAUAAUUUCAAGAAAUACCCUCAAGUGAUUUCUUGGUCUUGUGCUCUUCGUGCGACAAGAACGAGCAUUUGCAACAACUGAGAGGGUUCUGAGUGCAACGACUGCGUCAUCACGGACGAGCGCGCCCAGCAUCGUCGUCCUCCACUUCUUGGGUUAGCAUGCUACCUGAAAUGGCCGACAGGAAGUUUUGCCGCCUCUGUGUGUGUCUGCUACGCACUCAUGAGUUUCUUUUUUCUAGAAAUCAACAGCCAAAGAAAGACGUCACCGUUCGAAAAUACCAGUCGAAGGGGGUGCUGACGUCUUUUCAGCGAGUGGGAACAAAAAAGACGUGCGAUCCGCUCGCUUCGCUCCCCGCCUCCCAGACCGCGGCAGGAGCAAGCCUGAUAUUUUACGCCCUUCUCGUCUUGAGAGAAAC